CUUGAAGUUUUAGCUCCUACUCUAACUAAUCUAUUUAGAUAUAAAUAAGAAAAGCUUCUUCUUUCUUUUUUUCUUCAUCUUAAAACAAUACCAACAAUGAAGUUCUCAGUUGCCAUUGCCUCUCUUACUACUCUUGCUUUGAUCAAUUCUGCUGCUGAAGCUGCUACUAGUGGCUAUUCAGUGAUCAAGGGUGGUGUCAGUGGUAGCAGUACCAUUACUCGUUAUUGGGAUUGUUGUAAGCCAUCCUGUAGUUGGAACGGUAAGGCUAAGGUGACAUCUCCCGUGGAUGUGUGUGCCAAAAAUGGUGUCAAAAUCUUGGAUGCCAACACUCAGAGUGCUUGUGGUGGUGGUGGCGAUCUCGGCGCUGAUGGACCUGGUUACACUUGUAACAACUACCAACCUUGGGUUGUCAAUGACAACUUGGCUUAUGGUUUUGCCGCUGCUACUCUUGCCAAAUCUACUGAAAAUGGCUGGUGUUGUGCCUGUAUGGAACUUACCUUCACUUCCACUGCUGUCAAGGGUAAAAAAAUGGUUGUCCAGAUUACCAACACUGGUUCUGACGGAGGACCCAACUCUUUCGACCUUAACAUUCCAGGCGGUGGUGUAGGCUUAUACAAUGCUUGUAGUGCUCAAUGGGGUGCUCCUGCUGAUGGUUGGGGUAAGAGAUACGGUGGUGUUGACACUGUUGAACAAUGUUCUCAACUUCCUGCUGCUCUUCAAUCUGGCUGUAAAUGGAGAUUUGGCUGGUUCAAGGGUGCUGAUAACCCAACUAUGACUUUCAGACAAGUGACAUGUCCCAAGGAAAUUGUUGCCCGUUCUGGUUGUGACAGAUUAUAAUUCGUAUAAAUAUUUAUCAAUAUAAUCAAAUUUACUUUUAUACCAUGUAAAUCAUCAUUCAUAUAAAUAAGCAUUGUAAAGUAACUUGCUUGAAGAACUUCCAUAUUGUAUAGAUUAUUCUUAACUCUACCUUCCAUUCUAUACAAAUGAUUGCUAUUCAUAAGUAAAUUCAAGAGUUAAGCCCUCUUUUUUAUUCACUAAAGAGAUACUAAACGUUGUAAAUGCCUCCAUGCUUAAUUAUGCAUGACAAAUCCAUUGUUGUGUUUUC